GAUUAUCUUCAUCAUCUUGCACAAUCACUUUCUCGAGCACAAAUCCAAAAACAUCAAGUCAAACAACACUAUCCGUACGUUCAUCAUGGCAACCGCAGAGACUGUCCAACUUGGCGAUAUCCAUGCCCCAAAAGAAGAUAGCAUCAUUGCUUUCAAAAAAAUCGAAACAGAACUCAAGAAGAAACUUCAACAUCUCCGCCACGAAACCAAUAAACACGAGCCCCAAUACUUCGCUCCUAUCUCUCACGUCCCAGAUCACACCCUUACCUCCUUCACUUCCUCUUCCCUCACCUCCGUCCGCGUAGCCACUAGUGCCUAUGGACUUCACCUCCUCGGCAAAGUUCUCAUUCCAGAAACCGAAGAUAAAUAUUUCAUGUUUCGAGCUUUCAUCCCCGGAGAUUCAGAUACCGCUACUCUUCAUUGUAUACACAUGGAAGAAACGGAUGUUGGAGGUGAGGAGGGAAAGUUUUUUAGAGCAAUAUUUGAGGAGGAGGAUGAGUUGAAGUGGUUUGAUGAAUAGAUUUUCAGUGCAGGAAGGGUAGAAGAAACGAGGGAAUGUAUGAAAUUAGGAAGUUAUGAGGUUAUUGUUGAUUGUGGUUUGGCCAAAGGAAAUCAUGGGCACUUGAACAGGGAAAUGAGCAAUGGUAUCCAGAACCAGAAUAUUUCAAUCA